AUGAGACCAGCCGCUGAGCUCUUGUUAGCCAGCACAAACAGCCUGCUGCCUGCCAGCUCCUUAGGCUUUUCACCCGGCCUCAGCGCACACUGCACAAGUUGGCAGAUGUCCGAGCUUUUAUCCACUCCUGAAGAGUCAACUGCCUCGGGUGCCGCAGCAAUGGACGACGGAUCCGAUACAGAAUUCAAGGCGCUUUUUGCAAAGAGGCGCAAGCGGCAAAGGAACUUUGGUCCCCAUCAGAGACACGCCCGUGUCAUCUCAUCUCCAAGUGUAUCCCCUCCUCGGAGCCGCAGGCAAGGAGCACAGGACGGCGAGGGGGGUGCUCAGAACAGGGGUGCAGGCGGGGCACCCCCAUCACCUGGGGUAUCAAAUCAAGAUGCACCCUCUGCCCAAGCAGAGGAUUCACAAGAACACUCUAGCACCCCCCCAGCCGAUGCCCCUGCGCUGAGGAGUUCCACUCCAUCUCCCCCCCUUGCUGCAUCGCAGGCAGAGUUCUCUCGUCAGGAGGCAGAAGAAGCAGAGGGGACGGAGGGGGAGGACAUAGAGGAUGUGGAAUACAAUCGGGUUGAAGAGCCUGAAGACGAAGAGACCUCUGAAGACCGGGACAUGAUCGACGACUCCACUCAAGAUCAAAUUGCCCCCGUGGUCGCUUAUGCUGUUAUGAACGUGGCAAUGGACAACGCAGGAAUCGGCAAGGAGAGGCAAAGGCGGGAAGGGGAGCUUCAAACCACUGAGAGAGCUCCUACUCAGAGCCAGAGCCCAGAAGCAAGGGACAGUCGGACUGGAGGUGGGGCGGGGGUCAAUUGGACCAGGGGUGCGGGCACUGGCGUUACCAGCAGCUCCCCAGCUGAUGCGCUUGCACGUGGGAGUCCAUCUUCCGAGUCAGCUGAGGAUUGGGGCGAGCCCGAGCCACCUCUUGACUUCUUAGAGGACUUUGAGGACUCAGACGACUCGCUCCGCGAGUACUUCACAGUCUGCCGCAUCAUUGACGAACCCGCAGUGAGGAGAACGACACCAUGCCCUCAGGGACCAAGCCCAGCUGUGGAUCCCAUCUUGGCUGCUGCCCAUUAUUUCCACGAACUUGGCAUCGUGACCAUCACUCACGACCUCCGAGAGAAGCUCCUUUCGAACGGCCAGGUCAUCAAGUAUCCCUGUAGUUGGGCAUGCUCCUCCAAGCCCUGGAACGACGCGAACCUCGGCAACUGCCUCCGAGAGUUCGCCAAGCCAGGGUGCAAUUCCAUCUCCAUCGUCACAGAAGAGUCAGACAUUUAUGCAAUCGACGUGGACGUGAAAGACGGGGGCUAUGAAGCACUCCAGCAGAUGCUAGACGAGUAUGACAAUUUCCCUGACGACACGCCUUGCCUAACCACCGGCAACGGGGGGCUGCACAUUCUCUUCUCCCUUUCUCAAUCUGAAGAGGCUGGUCUGCUCAACUGCAGUAACAGGGCCCGAAUCCGAUACAAGGGCAAAGCAGUGGGCAUCGAUGUGCGCGGGAGGGGGGGAGUGCUGUACACCGCACCUAGCAGCUAUGCGGCUCUAGAUGGCACCCUCAAGUCCUAUAAGUGGGACCAGGAGAUUCUGCCAGACCGCUCUAAUCUCAGGGCCCUGCCAGACUGGCUCGUGUCCAUCCUGAACGACAGCGGCAAAGCACCGAGAAGGGGUGUGGAGGUACCUCGGGAUGGAGCCAUGGCGGGCGAGUCGCAGGCUGCACCUGCACCUUUCGGACCUCCUCGUCCAGUCGAAGACCCUCAGCGGGCCCCUCCAGAAGCGGUCCUUGAGCGCAUCAAGGCCCGCGUGGCGGCCACUGGCGACAACGCCUCCCGCUUCGAUCGCCUCAAGGUGGGCGUCAAAGGGGCCAUGUACAUCUUUCGAGUGGACGGCCCUCGACGCUGCCCGUAUGGCAAUCACCACGACGGCUCCAACAACUUCUCCGUGCUGGUGCACCACAGAGACCUGCUCUACUGCUGCAACAGCUCGGAAUGCCAGGGAGUCCGUCCCUUACUGAAGAUUGAAGAGCUCACGCGCUUAGAGGCCAUGAUUGGAGGCGAGACGCGUGCGUUCUGUGCUAACGACGUCAGCGCGAUCGACAGCCUGCACAAGAGCUUCGUCGACCAUUGGGCAUUUGAGGGCGAUGUCGGUGGCAGUAAGAUCGUUGCUGAAAUGUACAAACGCUGCGGCAGGUUGUGGUUCGAUGGUGAAAGCUGGCACUGCUGGGAUAGGCGGCGCUUCGUAACAGAUUCAAAGAGCGCAUUCUUUGUGAAGAAUGUUCUCAUUAACCAGCUAAGGAUCGUGUACAAGCGAUUGAGAGACGAGUUAGAUGCAGCGAUCGAGGCAACCGCUGACGAGGAGAAGCGGGAGGCGCUGACACAGCAGCUUAAGCGCCUGCGCACGUACAACAAUUGCCGAGUGAUGUCCAGCACUUUGGAGCUCGUUCGGGGGGAGCUUUACGUCGCCGAUUUUGCUCAGCAGCUAGAUGCGAACCCAGACAUCCUUAAUGUGAAGAAUGGCGUGCUCCUUUUGAAGACAGGGGAGCUCGAUCUGCACAGACCCGAAUACAUGUGCUCUAAGAUUGCAGAGACGAAUUUCAUGGGGAUCGAGUAUCCCACUCCGCUCGUUGAUACCUUCCUUGGCGACAUCUUCAACCACAACUCUGAGCUGCUGGACUAUGUGCGCAAGCUGUAUGGCUACGCUCUAAAUGGUCAUACUCGAGAAGAAAUCUUCGUGCUCUUGCUCGGAGCUGGAGGAAACGGGAAGGGGGUUCUGAAGGAGAUGCUGCAAGCGGCAGUCGGCGAUUACUAUGGCGGUAUGUCCAAGGAUGCGGUGGUUACAGCUCCCGGCCAAAAGCCUUCCUCGAAAAACGCCCCUACCAACUAUCUCUUUGAGCUGAUGGGCGUGCGACUCGCUGUUACUGAUGAGACGGCAGAGGGCGAGCGCGUGGAUUUGGGGCUCGUCCUAGGCAUGACCGGGGGCGGCAAGACAAAGGCGCGCUGUCUUCAUGCCAAUAACGUGGAGUUCACCAUCACCCACACGCCCUUCGUUCAGACGAAUUAUCCCCCCGCAAUCUGCGCAACUGCAAUCAAGGAAAACGUUCGGCGCCGCCUUCGAGUGAUUUCGUUUCCCAAUAGCUAUGUUGGUGCGGACGCCUUCGAUCCCACCAACGCAACCCACCGCCUCAGAGAUGACGGCUUGAAAGGUCGCAUGAAGGAAGAGGAGUCUCUUCGCCAGGUACUUUCGUGGAUCGCCCGCGGUUCAGCCGAGUGGUACGCUAGUGCAGACGGACUCGGGCCUCCUCCCCAGGCGGUGAAAAGCGCAACGCGUGAGUACUUCAGCGAGGCCGACAAGCUGCAGUUAUUUAUUGAUCAGCAUUGCGAGGUUGGAGAAGGGCUUUCGACUUUGCAGACCGAAUUCGCCACCCUUUAUCGCGAGUUCUCCUCGGAGAGAAUAUUAAAUGAGGCAUUGGCAAGAAGGAUGGAACAGAAGGGCUUCAAGAGGCUAAAGAAUAAUGAGUCGCCACGCCAGUUUUACUAUCCAAAGAUCAAGUGCGAGUACACAGUUUGUUAGGUUAGGUCUUUGAGGCUUGCACAGCACGCUAGACAAAUGAGAUCAAGGUGGUCUUUCAAUGCAACCGGGGAGCUCUCUGUUUGUGCCUUUUAGAUUGGUAUGCCAUGUAAAUAAAUGAUUGAACGAUAGAUUGUGUAUAAACUGUUUCCAAUAAUGAAUUGAGGAAGUUUAGCCUGCCAAUGGUAAGGAGUCAGUGAAAGCCUUGCAGCGCACAAAUUGUCUGAGCUCAGAGACACCUGAUCUCUAGAAUUUCAGCAUGACGUCAGCACUUCAGUACCGGAAA